UUAAGCAGUUAAGCCUUCUGCGUUCAACCACUGUCUCUUUCUCCCUUAUCCGAUCUCAGAUCUAGUUCGAAAUACACAGAAGUCUAAUGGGAUUUGAAGUAAGUUUUGAUUGGCAUAUACCCUCCAAGCUCAAGCUCAAUAAUGUUAGAUCGCACAAUGAUUUCUCCUCUCAUAAGGCGAACAGCGUCACCAACAAGUAUUAAAUCGUUUCAAAAUGCUUCGUUGGUGGCUACUUUCGUAGGAAAAUCGCAAGAGAAUCCUAACGUGAUGAUCGCCUCACUGAUUCAACAGAGAAAAAAUAAAUAAUCGAUAUUCAAAUUUAAACUCUCAUAGGCUGAUUGAAAAUCAAAUCAAUGUUUUCCCGCCAACGUGUUUGUAAUUAUGGCCAAGAGGAAGUGCAAAUCAAAUGGAGGAAGGGAUUACUCAAGAAGCCAAAAAUGAACCAAAAGUCUAAGCUGAUACCAUCUCGGCGGGUGAAACUCUUACCGGAAAUCAAACAAUUACGUCGAGAGAUGGCAACUUUAUGAUGGGUUUCUUCACACCAGGUGAGUCUCGCAACUACUACAUAGGUAUCUGGUAUAACUAUGAUAGGGUGUCGGUGCAGACAGUAGUUUGGGUGGCUAAUAGAGAUAAGCCCCUCACUGGUCCAGCAUCUUCAGAGCUGAAACUCUUAGCAAAUGGUAAUCUAGUUCUCUAUGGCCCAUCCAAUUCCUCAAUUUGGUCUACCAAUUCAACUUCAGGUACUUCUAAUACUACUGAAGCAGUUUUAGGUGGUGAUGGUAAUUUUGUUUUAAGAGAUAAGCGUAAUCCGUCUAUCGUAUUUUGGCAGAGUUUUGAUUAUCCUACUGAUACUUGGUUACCUGGUGGGAAAAUUGGGCUUAAUAAGAAAGUUGGUGUAAAUAAAUUGCUUACUUCAUGGAGAAAUCAAGAAGAUCCAGCUACCGGAAUGUUCAACCUAGAAUUAGACCCAACUGGAAUCAAUCAGUAUCUUAUAAGGUGGAACAAGUCCAUACAGGUUUGGACAAGUGGGGAAUGGAUUGAACGAGAAAAAUACUUUACGUUAAUUCCCCAGAUGAGAGGAAAUUACAUUUACAAUUUUAGUUACACAUCAAAUGAAAAUGAGAGUUAUGUUACUUAUAAUCUUUAUAAUAAAUCAAUUGUUGUGAGAAUGGUAAUGGAUGUUUCUGGCUUAAUGAAACAAUUUACAUGGUCAAAUACAGCAGGAAAAUGGAUUUUAUAUUGGACUCAACCGAAACAUUUUUGCGAUGUUUAUGGUGUCUGUGGACCUUUUGGCAAUUGUAACCAGGACACAUUGAAAUGUGAGUGUUUGCCUGGUUUCGUUGAACGAUCUCCUUCAGAUUGGAAUCUUCGGGAUUCAAGUGGUGGCUGUCUUAGGAAUACGUCUUUGCAAUGUGGGAGUAAAGAUAUUGGUUUUUCACCAAUUCCAAGCUCGAAAUUGCCUGAUAAUUCCCAGUCUCGACAAGUCAAUAGUGCGGAAGAAUGCAAAUCAGCUUGCCAGAGUGUAUGUGCUUGCAAUGCUUAUGCGUACGAGAAGACACAAUGUCAAUUAUGGCAGGGAGAUAUGAUGAAUAUCAGUCAACAAUCAGAUGGUAGAGCAGGGAAUCUGUAUCUCAAACGUGCAGACUCCGAGUUUCUCACUGAAGUCAGAACUAGAAAGGUGGUAAUUUGGAAGAUCAUUGUACCUGUAAUAGCCUCUUUGGUGGCAAUUAUCAUGGGUGUAUUUGGAUACAUGUAUCUGUGCAAGAGGAAUAAGGCUAAUGAAAGAGGUAGAUUAAAAGGACUCCAGGGUGUGUGGAAAACCAACACUACCGAUAAUGAAACACCAAAUAGAAACAUGUUUAAUGAUGGUAAAAGUGAAGGGGAAUCACAUGAAUUACAAAUGUUUAGUCUGGCCUCUUUAACAGUUGCUACAAAUGACUACUGCAUGGAAAAUAAAUUGGGAGAAGGGGGUUUUGGGCCAGUUUAUAAGGGUAAAUUAGAAAACGGGCAGCAAAUUGCAGUGAAAAGACUCUCGAAAAGCUCUGGACAGGGUAUUGAAGAGUUCAAGAAUGAGGUUGUGUUGAUUUCCAAACUUCAGCACCGUAACCUUGUGAAGCUGCUCGGUUGCUGCGUAGAAGGAGAAGAGAACAUGUUAAUAUAUGAGUUCAUGCCCAACAAAAGCCUAGAUGCAUUUCUAUUUGACCCAAGGAAAAAGUCAUGCCUAGAUUGGGAUAGAAGAUUUGAUAUUAUUGGAGGGAUUGCUCGUGGCCUUCUUUAUCUUCAUCGCGACUCUCGAUUAAGAGUUAUUCAUAGAGAUCUCAAAGUCAGCAACAUUCUCUUGGAUGGAGACAUGAUCCCGAAAAUUUCAGACUUUGGAAUGGCAAGGAUAUUUGGUGGAAACCAAACUAUCGAUAACACUAACAGGGUCGUUGGUACAUUUGGUUAUAUGUCUCCGGAGUAUGUAAUGGGAGGGACAUUUUCGGAGAAGUCUGAUGUCUUCAGUUUUGGUGUGUUAGUGCUUGAAGUGGUAAGCGGUAAGAGAAAUAACAGCUUCUACAGUCCCGAACACCCUUUAAACCUUCUUCUUCAUGCUUGGAGUCUUUGGAACGAAGGCAAAUGGUCAGAUAUUGUCGAUGAUGAUUUGGGUGAUCUGGAUUCUCCAAAUGAAGUGAUGAAAUGCAUUCAUAUUGGGCUGUUAUGUUGUCAGAAUAGAGCUGUAGAUAGGCCGACCAUGGCUGAAGUGGAUCUCAUGCUCAACUAUGAGACUGAUCGUCCAUCUCCCAAAGAACCUCCAUAUACUGUCCCAACAUUUUCAGAUAAGCCUGGUAACUCCUCAAGUAACAAUGUCACUUUGACCAGAAUUGAAGGUCGAUAGGGAGGGGCGGCAAAGGGCCUGACCUCCUGAAGGGAGGAAGAAAGUACCUUAACAGUAGUUCACAUAUUUGAAUAUGUAUUAGCAGUUGUUUUCACUAUGCUCCAAAGUUUUUUGGGUCUGUUGCGUUGGUUAUAUUAAUACAGAGAGAUGUCGUGUCUGUCUACUUCCUAUCUAAGCUCCAUAAUAUACUGAGGCCAAUUCUUGUA